GCCGUGUUAAUGGGUAAUCAGACAUCAAAUAAAACAUUUGACUGCAGGUCGAUACAGACACUCUCGCUGUGGCUUCUGUCACUCGAAGACACAAACACUGCUGACACAGACGGCGUACGGUCAUGGAUGUCAAGCCCGUACUAUGGAUCCUUCUCUUCACCUCUGCCCAGAAAGUGUCCCUGCAGGGGUAUGAGGAUAGUUAUGAGUAUGCAGCGUACGACAUGCAGCCUCUGAACUGUUCGACCACCGAGAGCAUCAAAGGCGGACAUGUCACUUACUCACAGGGAGGGCUGGAGGGCAGCGUGUUGACCUAUCACUGCAGCCUGGGGCAGUACCCUCACCCUGUCAGCAACAGGCUCUGCAGCGCUGAUGGGGAGUGGUCGCCCAUGAGAUUAGCCAAUGGCAGACAGGUGUCACGGGCCACAUGCAAAGAUGUGUUGUGUCCGGCUCAGCUCCAGUUGGAUAAUGGUGACUUCUGGCCAAGGGACCAGUGGCUCCAUGUUGGGGAGACGCAGAGCUUCUCCUGCCAGGAAGGGUUCACCCUGUACGGGUCAGCCCAGAGAAACUGCACCCUCUCUGGGGAGUGGACGGGAACCACUCCUGUUUGUGACAACCAUGCUGAUGACUGCAAUGACCCAGGGGUCCCACCAGGGGCCCAGAGGUCAGGGGGCCGGUUUCACACUGGAGAGAAGGUGAUCUACCGUUGUCAGGCUGGUCUGGAUCUGCUCGGGUCGGCUGAAAGGGUUUGCUUGGAGAACAGGGAGUGGACUGGCUCGACACCGCGGUGCCAAGGUCCGAAUACCUUUGACUCCCCCAGCACCGUGGCAGCAGCCAUGGCAGGGUCACUUGCGGGAAUCAUGGAUGUACUUUCACCAGACUCCAAAAAGAGUGUAAGGUCCUUCGGCCGAUCCUUCCGUGUGGCUGAAGUCAGCCGUAUGAAUGUCUACAUUUUACUGGAUACUUCGGGAAGCAUCGCAACGAAAGACUUUGAAAAGUCCAGGGAGGCCACCGUUGCUCUCAUCAGAAAGUUGGACAGCUACGAGGUGCAGAUGAACUUCCACGUGUUGUCAUUUGCCAGUGAGGCUAUAGACAUUGUAAACAUCACAGAUUCUGAUAUAAGUGGUAGCAGUGACGACGUCAUUUGGAGUCUGCUGGACUUCGACUACCACCGCCAUGGCAAAAAGACGGGCACCAACCUGUACGCUGCCCUGCGACGUGUCAAUGAGAUGAUCGGCUACUUAAAGCAAAACAGCGCCGAGAACCACUUUAACGAGACUCAGAACAUCAUCAUCAUAGAAACAGACGGUUUCUCUAACACGGGGAUGAAGCCUCAGAUUGCUCUGGCCCGUAUCCGUGAUCUUCUGGGCUACCAGGCCACAUCACCCGAUCACACAGAUGAGACAAUGCUGGAUGUCUAUGUGUUUGGUUUGGGUGAAGACGUCAACAAGGAUCAGUUGAACGCCCUAGCAUCUAAGAAACGCGGUGAGAAUCACGUCUUCGUUCUGAAAGACUACGAUACCCUGGGAGAGGUGUUCAACAGCAUCAUUAGUGACAAGAGUGUGACGAUGUGUGGGAUAGCUCAGGAGCACAUAAAGGAUCCAGAGGAGAAUAAAGCCUUCCACACCAAACCCUGGCACGUCAGUGUGACUGUGACAAAGACUCCGCUCUGUUUCGGAUCUAUUCUGAGCCCGAACUGGGUGCUGACAGCUGCUCACUGUUUUGCCAAAGCGAGCACAGACAAUGUCCCUCAGGAGGUGUCAAUACAACACGGUGAGGGCAUAGUGUUAUCCAAGAGGGUGAUCAUGCACCCAGAGUUCAACACCAGGGCGCUCCAACACAGGAAUGUGUCUGAGUUCUAUGACUACGAUGUGGCUCUGGUACACGUGAACAAGAGCAUCCCGCUCUCCUGGAAAGCCAGACCAAUCUGCUUGCCGUGUACGGUGCCAGCCAGCCGAGCAAUGAAGAGAGUCAACUCUACCUGUCAGCAGCACAGGGAGGAACUACUACCAACAAAGGAGACUGCCGCCUUUUUCAUCCAUGACCAUAAGGAACCUGAGCGCAAAGAAACAUAUAUUCACACACAGAGUGAAAGGCCUAGCUGUGUGGAGAAGGCGAUGCAAACACUCAAAGAUCCCACCGACGUGACUUUGGAUGAGUAUGUACCCGUCAGAUUCCUCUGCUCCGGGGGAUCUUCAGGAUAUGAGUACUCUAUCUCCUGUAAAGGUGACUCUGGUGGAUCCCUGUUCCUACAAAAAAGAAAGCGCUACUUUCAGGUGGGAGUGCUGAGCUGGGGCACAAUGGACGUAUGCAACCCACUCAACACAGUUCGGGGAGUGGACAGGAGUGUCAGGCCGCAUCCUGAUGCUCGAGACUUUCACAUCGACCUGUUCAAGAUAAUGCCAUGGCUGAAGGAGCAUCUGGGGGAGGAGAUCCAGUUCCUGCCUGACGUUAACUGAAAACCUCCAUAACCAGUCAACUGAGGUCUGGUUGGAUGAAGCCACAAUAACAGUGCACAACAGAGUUUUACAUAACUUUAUCGUCAGACAGAAUACUACUGUUUUUUUGUAUAGCUGUGGUGCAGUAAACUCACUUGUAGAGGAAGAUGUUUAGUUAACAAAAUCUUACACAACAUAAAAAAAGUAAUUAUU